AUGGAAUCUAGUAAGUCCCCCCCAGCAACUCUAGCUGAUGUUCAUAUCUCUAUCAUCUCCGAUUCUCCCCCGCCAUUAUCUUUCGAACCUGUGCUACAGUUAGUAGAGGCAGAAAGCAGAUGGCGAGCGGCAGAGGAAGCACUCAAAGGAUCUCAAGGGCAAAAUCUACCAGACAUGCUUCAAUCUCGUCGAAAUUCCCGCCUGAAUCGGCUUUCUAUAUUCCUUCCCAAUUUCAUGUCAAGCAAAGAUUCUAAAACCGUACAAGACAAGCUACAAAAGAAGCCGCUCCCAUUCCUCCCACCGACCUUUCAGGAACCAGACUACCAAUCCGAACGUCAAUCACAACAAGCCCCGACCAGACUUCCUCCAGUCGCCCCCGGGGCACGUCCCCAAACACCUCCCACAUCGGCGAAGAAGCUUCACAAACUCGAAUCACCACAUCACAAGCACGUAGUUGGUCCCUCUUCUCCUGCGGCGUCACCACAGAUAGAGGGCAGGAAGUUGAGAGCUGCGAGUACGCUGGCACCUGCGAUACAGACAACAGAUGUAGGACGCAGAUCUGUAUCAUCGCCUUCACAUGCGAGAACAGAUUCGUCGGAUGGAGAGGCUGGAAAGUUGUCCAAGCGUAAAAGUUGGAUGCCGGGACUUGGGAAACGAUCGAGAAAUGCUUCGCCGGAUAGUGGUGAUGCGCGUGGAGCGGAUGCGUGGGUGAACGCUGGCAAUCAUAAAAUCGACUAUAAUUUGGGAUUUCUACUCCAUGGUGAGAAGGUCCCUGAGUUAUGGGACGAAUCGGCCGAUUUAUUUGUCUACUUAUUUCCAGAAUCAACCGGCAUUGGACCAUCGUUCAAAGUUCCAUCGAUGAUUCUUUCAUCCUCUCUGAUUAUGAUGAGCUAUUUAGAUCCAACUGUCGGGGCAAAUAGGGGCCACAACGGCCGAGGUAGUGUGUCUGUGGAAGAUGGUAUGCGAGUUCUGGCUUUGCGAAAUAUGGGAACUCCGCCAUACACACCCAAAGGAAGCACGACGGAUUCUGUGUCAAGUCAAUCAGUUUCCGACGGCCAGGCAGAAUCUUUAACAUCGCUUGAAGGAGGGCCACGAGAGAUGCAUCUUCGAUUUCCCACUGGACUUACAACGGAUGGAACGGAAUUAUCACCGCAAGAUAUCCAAGUUCUUAUUGGGAUUCGCAAUCUGUUUGCUUUCCUCACUGGACAGCCCUUGGUGGCAACCAACAAUUGUCCUAGUCUUUUCAGAAUAUUUGGGCGCAUCGCUUCUCUACUUAAAAGAUUCGAGUUUACCAAUAUGGACGGCUCUACAUAUGGCGAGUCAGUUUCAACCAGCUUCGAUUUUUUUCUGGAAGAGUUGAAAUUGGAAGAUGUUCGAAGUAGUAGAGAGCAGACAAUCGAGGGAAUCAUACUAGGAGAGAAUAUGCGAUGCGCAAGAUUAUAUACGGAAGCAUUUACACAUGCUAUUGGGAAAUAUUCAGCCAUGAAGGACAAAACAUUAUCACUCUUCGAUGAAAUAUCACCGACGACUCGGUCAAUGAUGGAACGAGCAUCUCUCGACCUAUCCAAUAGACAAGCUGCAGCAGAUAACCGACUUUUAGAUUUCAACUUUCCUUCCCUCUUUGCAGGAUCCGCUGCCUCAACGACCUCUGCUGAAUCCAAAAUUGUGCGGUACGCCGCAUGGAGGAACAAUUUCAUUUCGAUGAGGAAAUUCAUGCUUUCCUACUUGAAAGAUUUACAUGGAUCAUGGCCACCAAAAUCUAGCAGCAAAAAGAAUUCUUUUGCGGUGGGUGGCCUCAAUCGACUCGUGUUGAAAGCUUUAUAUGCAGAUCUGUGCAGUUUAUAUGAUCUGAAGGUAGAUCGAAAUGAUCUCACUUCGAGAACCUUUGAUGGCGGAGAAGAGGAGGCCGAAGCCGUGGACCCAAGUAAUGCAGCAUUGCGCAUUCUUUUGAGCGAGUUUGACAGAUCAUCGCCACCUGUCAAUCCACCAGUACCGUUUGAUGUGCCACUGAUCCCGACGAUCACUACGGUCGAACCAAGGGCUAGCCAGUUAUCUGCAAAGGAACAGCACAAAUUGCGAACUCGAUCUCUAAAGACUCACGAGACAACGUUGAUGUUUGUCAAAGCUAGCAAUGAGGAUGCACAUCGGAAAACGCCAUUCUUACAGGCGUACCAGGCAUUUGAGGCCAAGGAAGCAAAGAAGAAGAACUCACUUGAUCUCAUCGAUCAGACUUACGGGCAUUGGAUCUUCCUAUACGCCGUAAUUCAAUCUCUACCUCUGCUUGUGGUAGAUGUAAAUGAUCUCCGCUACACCGAAGGAGUAGAAUAUUUCCUCUGCAUGCCACCACCAGGAAACAUGCCAUGGAUAGAAGACGCCCCAAAGACCGCAUGGUACGGUGUCGCCGGCGGCCAACAAAUGGUCUCUCUCCCAAGUCACCUCGUCGAAAAUGGAGUCGAGGCAGUGUACCGUCGCUCCCACUGCUGGACCGCCGCCGACACAUGGAUCGGCCACGCCAACGGCGAAGCAGAAGAAGAAGCAUAUCUCGCCCCUCAACUCUCGCCUCUCGCACCACCACCCGGCUUCGGAAAUGACUUUGGAAUGCGGCCCCCGUCUCGUGGUCGCGAUGGUGAUACCCUAAGUCCUACCACUGGCGGCGACAGAAGUCGCAGUCGUCAAUCCGCCCGCCAGAGUAUCGCGCUGGGACUAGAGAGGUUGCCGAUCCCGAUGGGUGUCGCAGGGGGUUCGCCCGUGCUGGGGUCGCCCGGAGGCAGUAGGAGGGAUAGCGCGUUGGGACGGCCGAAGACUAUGGAGAUGACGGGGGCGACUUUUGAUGAUAUAUUGGGGACGCAGCAGCCGGUGGAGAAGAAGGGGAAGGGGAAGAAGAAGUGA